UUGUGGUAAAUUUCUCUGCGGUUGUGCCUCACAAUGUCCCACAUCAUCCCGCGGACAGUCGGUUCUGACUCCCUUCUGCAGGUUUCAAUUCCCGGACUGGACCUGAACAUGUUUUUUCUUCUUCUUUUCGUAGUUUCUGCGACCGGAAGUCCCGGACCGUUAGUGGACGUUGUCGUGGACCGGUACGAGAUUCCGAAAGUUUGUCCCCGAGAGGUUCAGACCGAAGACUUUAUCCGGUACCACUUUAACGGAACCUUCCACGGAGACGGUAAAAAGUUUGACUCCAGUCAUGACCGAGGUAAAGCCUUCAUCAGCCAGGUGGGUUUGGGUCGACUCAUCACUGGCAUGGAUCGAGGUCUUCAGGGAAUGUGUGUCAACGAGCGCCGGAGGAUCAUCGUCCCUCCACACCUGGCUUACGGAAGCAUCGGAACAGGUGGAGUGAUUCCUCCCGACGCUGUGUUGGUCUACGACGUCCUCCUGCUGGACAUCUGGAACGCUGACGACAAAGUCCAGAUCCGAACGCUCGGCAGACCUGCAGCCUGCAACCGAACCACGGCGGCGUCAGAUUUUAUCCGGUAUCAUUACAACGGCACGCUGCUGUCCGGUGAAGCUUUUGAUUCCAGCCACUCGAGGAAUUUGACUUACGACACCUACUUGGGGAAGGGACACCUCAUCAAGGGCUUGGACGAGGGUCUUUUGGGGAUGUGUGUUGGAGAGAGACGGGUCGUCAUCGUUCCGCCUUUCCUGGCUUAUGGAGAAAGCGGUUCUGGGACUCUGGUUCCUCCUCAGGCGACUCUUGUGUUCGAGGUGCUACUGGUGGAUGUUUUUAACCCCAAAGACAACUUGACUGUGGAGGUGAAAGAGGUUCCUGAAGGCUGCAGCCGCCGGACGGUGAUUGGAGAUUACAUCCGCUACCACUACAACGGCACCUUCCAGGACGGAACGGCUUUCGACUCCAGCUACCAGAGAAACAGCACCUACAACACCUACGUUGGGAUGGGAUACGUGAUCCGAGGGAUGGACAAAGCUCUGCAGGGUUUGUGCAUGGGAGAAAAGAGGAGGAUCACCGUCCCUCCUCACAUGGCUUACGGUGAAGACGGAGUCGGAGACAUCAUUCCAGGCUCAGCGGUGCUCGUCUUCGACAUCCACGUCAUCGAUUUCCACAACCCCAAAGAUCUCGUUGACAUCAAAGUUACCCACAAGCCCCAGGAAUGCGACGCGACCACCGAAGCCGACGAUCUGAUCCAGUACCGUUACAACUGCUCACUGAUGGACGGCGCCCUCCUGUACUCCUCGGAUCAGUUCACGUCACCUUCAGUCACCACUCUGGGAGCGAAUCAGGUGAUUCUGGGUCUGGAGGAAGGUUUGAAAGGGAUGUGUGUUGGAGAAAGAAGGGAAGUGAUUGUCCCUCCACACUGGGGUCACGGAGACAAUGGAGCUGGAGCAGUUCCCAGGAGUGCAGUGCUCUUCUUCGAACUGGAGUUAGUGGAGCUGCAGAAAGGUGUACCUGAAGGCUACAUGUUUGUUUGGAUCGGAGACGGACCUGAUCCUCUUUUUCCAGCUAUGGACCUCAAUGGAGACAAAGAGGUUCCUCUAGAGGAGUUUUCAACCUUCAUCAGGCUCCAAGUUAAAGAAGGAAAAGGUCGUCUUCGGCCAGGAGUCGACGCCGACGGCAUAAUUAAGGACAUGUUUGAUAACCAGGACCGGAAUAAAGACGGAAAAAUCACAGAAGCAGAACUCAGCGACGAACAAGUGAAGCGGGACGAGUUGUAAAGGACACAUGCAGGUAUUUGAGUGUUGUGCAGCUGUUCUGAAAAGGUUUCAGAAGUUGCUGUGGCUUUAUUUAAGGCAGCAGGUUUACUGAAACUAUUGUUAUUUCACACCAGUAGGCAUAUUGGCUUGCUAUAGUUGGAAAGACACAUUUUACUGCUACGAACAUUGACAGUGGCUCCUUUCUGUUUGAAUGUCUGUACGAGUCAGCCAGCAUUAACAAAUAACCAAAGCAGCUCAAUGGAUUUAAGCCAUAUUUAUGUGUUUUUCCUGCUGUGACGUGUCAAAGUGUAAACAGUGAAAAAGCAGUGGUGGAAAUGUUCAUCUUCAAUGUGGAGAAGAUGUUUUUUUAAAAAUGUGAAAGAAAAAUGGUUUGAUCUGUUGAAAAAAGGUAUGUUUAUAUCAAAUUAUGCUACAAAGCAUUUGGGCUGGGACCAAAAUCCAGAUUAUUACCUAAAUACAGAUCAGCCACAACAUUAAAACCACCUGAUUAAGGCUCUUUGUCGUGUUCCUCAAGCUGUUAGUUGAUAUCUUGUAUUGGUUUCAGCCAUUUUUUAAGACUAAUAGUCUAAAUUAUCUGAUUGCAGCUUCUUAAAUUUAUUUUUUUUUCUUGUUUCUUUUCUCCUUUUGACAUUAAACUGAAUAUCUUUGGGUUGUGGACAAGCUAGACGUAACUAGACAUUCUUCAUUUUUGACAUUUCUCACCAUUUCCACAGUUUAUAGACUAAACAACUAAUUGAGAAAACAAUCGUCAGAUUAUCUUGUAAGAGAAUAUUUGUAAGUUGCCGCUGUAUUUUACAUUUUCUCAUGUUAAUUGCAAUUCUUUCACUUUUAUGACAGUAAAUUGAAUAUCUUUGGGUUGUGGACAAAUUUGACUCUGUAAAAUAAAAGCCCACAAACAUG